AUGGCCCAUGAGAUGACUGGGACUCAAAUUGUUACUGAGAGCUUGGUGGCUCUGCUGGAAAGUGGAACGGAAAAAGUGCUGCUAAUUGAUAGCCGGCCAUUUGUGGAAUACAAUACAUCCCACAUUUUGGAAGCCAUUAAUAUCAACUGUUCUAAGCUUAUGAAGCGAAGGUUGCAACAGGACAAAGUGUUAAUUACAGAACUCAUCCAGCAUUCAGCAAAACAUAAGGUCGACAUUGAUUGCAGUCAGAAGGUUGUAGUUUAUGAUCAGAGCUCCCAGGAUGUUGCCUCUCUAUCUUCAGACUGUUUUCUCACCGUACUUCUGGGUAAACUGGAGAAGUGCUUCAGCUCCGUCCACCUGCUUGCAGGUGGGUUUGCUGAGUUCUCCCGUUGUUUCCCUGGCCUCUGUGAAGGAAAAUCCACUCUCGUUCCUACCUGCAUUUCUCAGCCGUGCUUACCGGUUGCCAACAUUGGGCCAACCCGAAUUCUUCCCAAUCUUUAUCUUGGCUGCCAGCGAGAUGUCCUCAACAAGGAGCUGAUGCAACAGAAUGGGAUUAGUUAUGUGUUAAACGCCAGCAAUACCUGCCCAAAGCCUGACUUCAUCCCGGAGUCUCACUUCCUGCGUGUGCCUGUGAAUGAUAGCUUUUGUGAGAAAAUUUUGCCCUGGUUGGACAGAUCUGUAGAUUUCAUUGAGAAAGCAAAAGCCUCUAAUGGCUGUGUCCUGGUGCACUGUUUGGCCGGGAUCUCGCGCUCUGCCACCAUUGCUAUUGCUUACAUCAUGAAGAGGAUGGACAUGUCCUUAGACGAAGCUUACAGAUUUGUGAAAGAAAAAAGACCUACUAUAUCUCCAAAUUUCAAUUUUCUGGGCCAACUCCUGGACUAUGAGGAGAAGAUAAAGAGCCAGACUGGAGCCUCAGGGCCAAAGAGCAAACUCAAGCUGCUGCACUGGGAAAAGCCAGGUGAGCCUGUCCCUGUGGCCUCCGAGGCUGGACAGAGGGGCGAGGCGUCCCGCAGUCCACCCGGUGCCGGCUCUGCUACCUCAGAGGCAGCAGGACAGAAGCCUGUGCUUCCUGCCAGCGUGCCCAGUGUACAGCCACCUCUGUUGGAGGACAGCCCCCUGGUACAGGCACUCAACGGGCUCCACCUGUCCUCGGACAAGCUGGAAGACAGCAAUAAGCUCAAGCGUUCCUUCUCUCUGGAUAUCAAGUCCAUUUCGUAUUCAGCCAGUGUGGCAGCAUCCUUGCAUGGAUUCCCUGCAUCCGAAGAUACUCUGGACUACUACAAGCCUUCCGCCACUCUGGACGGGCCCAGCAAGCUGUGCCAGUUCUCUCCAGUGGAGGAAGUGUCGGAACAGACUCCAGAAGCCAGCCCAGAUAAGGAGGAGGCCAACAUCCCGAAGAAGCCGCAGCCUGCCAGGCCUGCAGACAGCCAGAGCAAGCGGUUGCAUUCAGUAAGAACCAGCAACAGCGGUGCCACCCAGAGGCCCUUCUUAUCGCCACUGCAUCGAAGUGGGAGCAUGGAGGACAACUACCACACCAACUUCCUCUUUGGCCUUUCCACCAGCCAGCAGCACCUUGCAAAGUCUGCCACUGGGCUGGGCCUCAAGGGCUGGCACUCGGAUAUCUUGGCUCCCCAGACCUCCGCCCCUUCCUUGACCAACAGCUGGUAUUUUGCCACAGAGUCCUCUCACUUCUACUCGGCCUCAGCCAUCUACGGAGGCAGCGCCAGCUACUCUGCCUACAGCUGCAGCCAGCUGCCCACGUGCAGCGACCAACUCUACUCCGUGCGCCGGCGGCAGAAGCCGAGUGACAGAGCCGACUCUCGGCGGAGCUGGCACGAAGAGAGUCCCUUUGAGAAGCAGUUUAAACGCAGAAGCUGCCAGAUGGAGUUCGGAGAGGGCAUCAUGUCGGAGAGCAGGUCGCGGGAAGAACUGGGGAAAGUGGGCAGCCAGUCUAGCUUCUCAGGCAGCAUGGAGAUCAUUGAGGUCUCCUGA